AUGCCUCCGCACCGAAAAAGGGGCAGACCACCAAACGCGUUUUACGAGCAGCGGGGGCUCACGCCUCCAUCCCGCCAGUCGCAUAAUAGAGAACAGCCCCCUCCGCCUCCUCGCGAGCCGCAGCCUCCCGUCAACAUAUUUUCGCACCCUAUAUACAAUCUCCCUAUUCCUCCGCCCAAUUCUGUGGAAUCGCAGCUUCUAAACGACGAGGUGGACGUUUUCUCGUUUCGACAGUCUGCAGCAUUCAAAUUCAAGCUGAAUAACGAAUUGUUGGAGAACGUGCUGAGCAAGUUUGUGCCGUUUACUAAAAUCGUUCCUCCGUCCUCGUUUCCCGUGUGUCUCGUUAACGGCAAAACCAUUGACGCCGAGAACGUGUCUUCUGAAGAAGAGAUUAGGCAGAGUUUGGAAAAGCCAACGGCUGCAGACAGCCAUUGCGGAAACCUGCGGGUCAUGAAGUUGAAACAAGAGUAUCAGAGGAAACUUAUUGAUCAACUAGAGUCGGAAACAAUCAAUGAAAACAUUGACGAGAGAUUUGCUUACGAGACGGAAAAAAUCAAUCUAUUAUCUGAUACAUUCCAGGACUACGACGUGACAAAGCUGGACCAAUUUGAACUUAUGGUGGAUAGUAUAACAGACGACCUAAAGGCCAAAUUCAACAUGAAAAUUCAGGAUGACGAAUUGUUCAAAAAAUAUCGGCUAGAUUUUGAGCAGCGCAAGUGCACCUUGGAGGAAUACCGUCAAGCAAGCGAAUCGAUCCUCAGACGCAGAAAGGAGGCAGAGGAUCGCAAGCUACGGCUAGAACAAGAGCUUGCCGAAAAGAAGAGGCAAGAAGAGGAAUUAAUGCACAAACAGCGUCAGGAGGAAGAGCAGCGCAGAGCGCUGGAAGCUCAGAACAGACGCAGUGAGGAGGCUUCUGCAAUGCCCGUUCCUAAUGCUACCCCGGCACAGCAGGAAAUACUGGGCGAAGCUCAUUUCGACGAUCCGUUCACCGCGGGUGCCCAGAACGGCAAUUUCGAGUUUGACAAUAACCUAUUGUACGCCGGUUCGGACGAUUUAAUGAUUGGCGAUGAUGGUGCAUUUGGAGCUCUUGACGACCAGGUGUUCCUCGACAACCUCCACGGAAACUUAGAAUGA